UACGUCGCUGAGGAACCAAUCAGAGCGCAGCACUGUGCCCCGAGAGGCGGGGAUUAGCCGUGUACUGGAAUGCUGUCUCUUUGGGAAUGUUUUCCAGUUUCAAUCACUUUUUUUUCCCUCCCAGUCCUUCUCACAAGGCGCUCUUUAAGCUCCGCUGUUGCCACACAGAGCAGCCAUUCAUCGGCUUCGCAGUCAGCCACACACACCACCACUGGACAUCUAAAUUGCUGCUAUUUAAAAAAAAAAGUUACAAAAAAUAAACAAGGACCCGACAGCGAGAAAGGAUAUUUGGACUCAUAAUUAUGACUUUUCCCAAGAAGGGUCAGAACUAAUCAUUAAUUGGUGGCACUAUAAACUUUUUAACAAGUCAAUAGCUAAUAAAAUAUAUAUAUUUUUAUUUAUUGAAAACAUACUACUGCAUUAAAGGUGUUUUGUCAGUGUAAUAAACAAACAAAUAAUAAUAAUAUAAGAAGAAACAUAGAAACUAUGUCGGGAGAGGAGCACAGCCUGUCAGAGUCAGAGCUGAGUCCCGUGGGAUCAGACGACGGCCACUCGCUGUCACCGAGUCAGCCCGGAGCGCCACACGGCCCGGACUCCCCGCUGAGCGGCGCGCCGCAGCAGCUCACCGCGCUCUGCGUGGGGGAUGCGGGCAGCGACGACGGAGGCAGAGCGAGGGCCAAGUCGGAGGAGGAGGACGAUCGCUUCCCGAUCGGGAUCAGGGAGGCGGUCAGUCAGGUGUUGGACGGAUACGACUGGACGCUCGUGCCAAUGCCGGUGCGCGUGAACAACGGGAACAAGGCGAAGCCCCACGUGAAGAGGCCCAUGAACGCGUUUAUGGUAUGGGCGCAAGCCGCGAGGCGGAAGCUGGCAGACCAGUACCCCCACCUACACAACGCGGAGCUCAGCAAGACCCUGGGCAAGCUGUGGAGACUGCUAAACGAGAGCGACAAGAGGCCAUUCAUUGAGGAGGCAGAGAGGCUGAGGAAACAGCACAAAAAGGACUACCCAGACUACAAGUACCAGCCCCGGAGACGCAAAAAUGGCAAACUGACCCCAGCCAGUGAGUCCGACAGCCAGGGGGAAGGGGAGGCCAGCCACUCCCAGUCCCAUUACAAGACCCUACACCUGGAUCACAAUGGUGGGGCUGGGUCUCCCCUGGGUGACCUGCACCACCACCACCACCACCACCAUCACCAUCAUCCCACAGGUCAGGGUCACAGCCCACCCACACCCCCCACCACCCCAAAGACAGAGCUUCAGUCUGGGAAACUGUCAGAUGCCAAAAGGGAGGGCGGAACAGGAGCGGGCGGAGGAUCUGCGGGUUCCAGGAGCGCCCUCGGAGUUGGAGCUGAGGGGGCGUCUGGUGGUCCUUCAUCGUCGAGCACCAAACCCCACAUUGACUUCGGCACCAUGGAUAUUGGCGAGAUCAGUCAUGAGGUGAUGUCCAACAUCGAGCCGUUUGAUGUCAACGAGUUUGACCAGUACCUCCCUCCAAAUGGUCACCCACAGAGUGGCGCCGGGGCCCCCUCGGCCGGCUCCUCCGCCUCGUCCUACGCUUACGCCCUGGCUGCGGCCAGCGGGCACUCGGCUUGGCUCUCGAAACAGCAGCAGCAGCCUCAGGCCUCUCCUUCGUCCUCGGAUCCAUCGAAGGCCCCCAUCAAAAGCGAGUCUGCGUCCGCUAGCCACUAUGCAGAGGCUUCAUCCUCCCCCUCCUCAGGUACCCACGUCACCUACACCCCGCUCAGCCUCCCCCACUAUGGCUCCGCUUUCCCUUCGCUGGCCUCCAGGGCUCAGUUUGAGUAUGGAGACCACCAAGCCCCCGGGGCAUACUACGCCCACUCCAGCCAGGCCCCAGGGCUGUAUUCAGCAUUCUCCUACAUGGGCCCUACACAGAGGCCUCUGUACACUACCAUAGGAGACCCCUCCAGCGUGGCGCCCUCUCACAGCCCCACACACUGGGAGCAGCCUGUUUACACCACGCUCACAAGACCUUGAGGCAGAGCAGCUGAGCAGUGGGAAAUAUGGGAAGUGUGUGAGUGAAUCUCUUGUAUAUGUGUGCAAACAUGUGGUGUAUGAAUUGUAUGAGUGUAUCUGUGCCAUAUUAGUGGUUUUUACCAUGUCUUUUUCUGUUUUGUUUUGGUUUUUUUAGCCAACGCGAUAAAAAGUGUCCACAUGAGCUAACAUGAAACAGAGACUCAUGCAGAAUGAAAUGCGAAUCAUGGGCCCACAGCCAAUCAAAAACACGUCAAUGUUAACAAGCGUGUGCCAUCCUAUUUUAUUUUUUACUUUGUCAUGUACAGCACUUGUAUAUAUGUUACAAGAAGUAGAGCGAGAGCUGGGAUUGGACCAGUGUUGGAUUAAAGAUUGACUCUGAACACACCAAGAGGCGAAAGGCUUUUAGACUGACAUAAUCUAAUUUUAUUAACCAAACUAAAUGAUUAUUUGGUGUUUUUGUGUUCAUGCAAGUAGUACAUUUAUUUUCAUCACUGGUGUAACUAUCUUCACUGAUUGGCACCACUGCUAUGGAGAAAAAAAAGAAGAAGAAGAAGCAUGUUCUGUUUCAUUUCAGAUGUAAGAUUGUUUUUUCAUGGCCAAAAAUGGACAGCUGAAACUUUUGUUGUUGUUGUUGUUUUUAUUCCGUAGAUAGCUCAGUCUAUAUUUCUUUCUUUGGAUCUAUUUUGCUGAACUAAAUAAGCGUGUAUAAUGGGGAAAAAAAAUAGGAAAAAGACAGGGAAAGAGAGCUCUUGAAGAUGUAGUAUUUUAAUGUGUGACUCCUUGGAGAUUUACCUCAGUUCUGUUUGCUUUGUGGCGAUCAAAUGAAUUCCUGAAGAAGAAAGAAAAACAAACAAAAAAAAAAAACAAACAAACGUAAAGCAUUUUGUUGAGUUUUAAAUGACGAACACUUUGAUGAUUUAUCCACCACCUGCGUUAAGAUCUAGAGGUCUUAACCAAAUCUUUUGGGGUAACAGGCCAGCUCUGGGUAUUACUUUAGGAUUAGAAUCACAUGGACAAGGCUCUACAUGUCGGCCAAAAUUGUGCCUUCACCUUCAGUUUACACCUUUGCAGCCCUCUCCCGCUUUAUCAACCUGAAUAACGGUCAUUACCACAAGUUUGCCUUUAUUACUUGACUCAAAUGUUUUAUACUGACCCUUUUGGCAUGUAGUUGUCUUUUUUUUUUUAAUGUGAGUAAUAAUGCGUUGUCUGUCACAUCUUUGCUUCUUUCAUUUUUGUAUAAUUCUGGUUAGUUUUGUAAAGUGUUUGGUAUACACUCACUCGAGUAUUUUUGCUUCCUUACAAAAAAGCAAUGUUGAAAUAUUAUUGUCAUCUAUUAAAUCGAUUUAUUUAUAAAAAAGAAAAGAAAAAUGAA